GAGGAGUUGGAGGAGAUUAGGAAAUCACUUAAUUUCAUGUCUGAUGAACUGAGCAAAGUGGCUAAACAACAAGGUAUGCUACAUGACCUAAUGGAUGAAAUAAAACAACUAAAAAACUUGAUAAAGGAGAAGGACAAGAAAAUAGACGACUUGAAACGGCGACUCGAGGACCUUGAACAGUACACAAGAAUGGAUGAUUUAGUCAUAAGUGGACUGGAGACGCAGCACCGAACCUACGCCAGAGUAACAGCUGGCGGAGGUAAAGACGGUGAAGAUGCCCCGGUACAGGAGCUGCAAAUGCUUGAACAGCAAGUGAUAAAAUUCCUUCAAACGAAGAAUUGAGGGGGAGGAAGAGGAGGGGGAACCAGUGGGUGAGGGUCAUGGGACCUUGUUUGCUCGUCCUGAACCAUGUGAGUCAUAUGAGACGGAAAAGAGGAAGAAGAAGGAGAAAAGAUGGAGGAGCUGUCCCGGUGGGCGAGGGAGACCGGGCAGUGGGUGAGGAGGCGCUGCUGCUGUGCUGAGGAAGAGGAGGAUGGUGAGGAGAAAGGUUAUGAUGGAGAUGAAGAAGAGGAGGAAGAGGUGAAGCUAGAGGAGGUGAACUUCAGGAAAAGUUCAGCUUCACUUCCGCCUGCUGAGCUGGAUUCAGACUCAUCCUCCUCUGGCUCUCAGCCUCACUGGUUCCACACUCUGCAGGCCCGUCGGCUAAAAGUCCAGCGUGGACGCAGCAACAGCGACCCGCUGAGAGGGGAGGGCAGCCAGGAGCCUCUCACCUGGAAAGCAGGUCUGGAGUUUGGGGCAGCACACUCAUACCUGAGUCUGGAGAAACUGGGUGAAGGAACCUUUGCCUCGGUCUACAAAGGCAUCAGCAGGAUAAAUGGGCAGCUGGUGGCUCUGAAGGUGAUUCGUAUGAAGACGGAGGAAGGCGUCCCAUUCAACGCCAUCAGAGAAGCCUCUUUGCUCAAACGCCUGAAACAUGCAAACAUUGUCCUCCUGCACGACAUCAUCCACACCAGAGAGACGCUCACCUUCGUCUUUGAGUAUCUGCAGACAGAUCUGGCCCAGUACCUGAUCCAGCACCCUGGAGGUCUACGCUAUAACAAUGUGCGGCACUGUGUGUUUCAGAUCUUCAUGUUCCAGCUGCUGCGAGGUCUCUGCUACAUCCACAGCCGCAGGAUCCUCCACCGAGACCUGAAGCCCCAGAACCUGCUCAUCAGCUACCUCGGAGAACUCAAACUGGCCGACUUCGGUCUGGCUCGGUCCAAAUCCAUUCCCAGUCAGACCUUCUCCUCGGAGGUGGUGACGCUGUGGUACCGCCCCCCUGACGUCCUGCUGGGAUCCACAGACUACUCCACAGCUCUGGACAUGUGGGGGGCUGGGUGCAUCUUCUUAGAGAUGCUGCAGGGGGCGCCGGCAUUCCCAGGAGUCUCUGAUGAGUUUGAGCAGCUGCAGAAGAUCUGGGAGGUCCUGGGCCUCCCAUCUGAAGACAGCUGGCCUGGUGUCAGCCUGCUACCCAAUUACAGACCAGAGCGGUUUCUUUACUCAGAACCAAAGCAGCUUAGGACCGUUUGGAAAAGGUUGGAGCAGCUGCCAUAUAAGACCGAGGACCUGGCCCAGGAGAUGCUAAAGGUGGUCCCUACAGACAGGAUCUCGGCUCCGGACGCCAUGCAGCACCUGUACUUCAGCACACUGCCUCCUCCCAUCAUGCACAUCAGAGACACUGUGUCCAUCUUUAAGGUUCCUGGCGUUCGUCUGGAGACGGAGGUGAGAGACAUCUAUAACCCUGGGCGCAAGGUCAAACCCUCCCUGCUGCCCUCUGCUAAAUUCUGGUGACUGAAAGCUCCUAAGCAGCGUGUCAAGAUGAGGAGGGGAGAACAAACACAGAUGUCUCUCUGAAGACACAAACUGGACUUUGAAGUGAUAUUAAUCAAUUAAUGAAUCAUAUAAAAUAGAUGUAAUAUACACACAUACAGUGCCAUUGAACGUUUGCGGUUCAGUUUGGAGAGUCUUUCUGGUUUAAAUAAAGAUUUGUAUGUCAAACUUUCACUCAGA